CCGCUAUCAUGGCUACGUCAGCAUUGGGCAAGAUGGCGGUGCCCAUGCAGCAGGAGCAGCUCCGUGUGGCAACCGGGCUCCGUUCCCUUCUCUUUCUGUGGCUGCUGAGUUUAGUGGGAGCAAAUGAAGGGCAGGCGGCACAGGACACCCCACACCGGCGGUUCGAGUAUAAAUACAGCUUCAAAGGUCCUUACCUAGUGCAGAGCGAUGGCACUGUUCCUUUCUGGAGCCACUCUGGCAAUGCAAUUCCUAGCGCUGAUCAGAUUAGGAUAACGCCAUCUUUAAAAAGCCAGAAAGGAUCGGUAUGGACGAAAACUUUGGCAAACUUUCAGAACUGGGAACUGGAGGUGACAUUCCGAAUCACAGGACGGGGCAGAAUAGGAGCUGAUGGAUUGGCAAUCUGGUUCACUGCGGCCCAAGGACUUGACGGAGACGUCUACGGUGCAUCUGAUUCCUGGAAUGGCGUUGGGAUAUUUUUUGAUUCCUUUGAUAAUGAUGGAAAGAAAAACAACCCUGCCAUAUUGGUUGUGGGUAACAACGGCAAGCUUGUUUAUGACCACCAGAAUGAUGGUUCCACCCAGGCUUUGGCUUCAUGUCUAAGGGAUUUCCGGAAUAAACCUUACCCAGUGAGAGCAAAGAUUACAUAUUAUAAAAAGAUAUUAACGGUAAUGAUCAACAGUGGGUUUACACCAGAUAAAGAGGACUAUGAGUUCUGUGCCAAAGUGGAUAACAUGGUUCUCCCAUCUCAAGGUUACUUUGGCAUGUCUGCAGCUACUGGAGGUCUAGCAGAUGAUCAUGAUGUGCUCUCCUUCUUGACGUUCCAACUGACUGAACCUGGAAAAGAAGCUCCUCCACCUGAUGCAGAGAUUCCAAAGGAAGAAAAGGACAAGUACCAGGAAGAGUUUGACAAUUUCCAACAAGAGCUGGAUAAGAGGAAAGAGGAAUUUCAGAAGGAUCACCCUGAGGCAAAUGAACAACCAGUGGAUGACUUGUAUGAGUCGGUGAAUGAACGUGAGGUCAGACAAAUCUUUGAGGGUCAGAAUCGCAUUCAUCUAGAAAUAAAGCAGCUGAACAGGCAACUGGAUAUGAUUCUUGAUGAGCAGAGACGAUAUGUGACAGCGGUCACCGACGAGAUUGCCAAGAAAGGAACAGGAGAUGGUGCAGGCGGCACUGGUCAUCAGCCACAGUUUGCACCUGCCGACCUGAAUUUCCUGCUCAGCACUCAGAGAGAAGUCAUACAACAGAUGGCUGAAAUGAGGAACUCUGUAAGUGAGACCGUGCGACUACUUAGUGGGAAUAAGCCCCAUGGCUCGGCGGGCUACGAGACCACACAGCACUUCAACGAUAUCAAGGAGCAUCUACAUGUCGUAAAGAGGGACGUUGAACAUCUGGUGCACAAGAGCUUGCCACAAGAUGUACAGAAGUGCCCAGACGUGCCUCCAUUUCCCUCCUGUUUAACCACAACUCACUUCAUUGUGUUCGUAGCUAUACAGACCAUUUUAUUCUUUGGCUACAUUAUGUACAGGAGUCAGCAGGAAGCAGCAGCUAAGAAGUUCUUUUGAUGACCCGUUGGCGAGGUCUGUGUACGUAAAUUCAGGACACACCCAGCAUACGUUGGUACAUGAAGGACUUUUUUAGUACUGAGAGGCUUCAUUAGAUUAAAUUAUUGAAUUUUUGUGAAACAAAAUGAACUUUUUGUUUAUUCAUCUCCAAAAUUGGGCUCAAAAAGAAAACCAAUUUUUUUUUAACUUUUUAAACCCAUGUCCAUUAAAGAGGCUCCUUUCAUUUAUUUGUAUGAAUUAGGCGCAGAAACUUCUGUCUGGGAAUUAUCUGUGUGAAAAACAUCCCCAUGGCUGCCACAUACGUUGUCUUGUGUGAAUUUUAAAGUGU